CCGAAUUUGACACGAGGCCAGAGAUCUCUUCCAGCGAAUGCCCGAGAGAGAUCUUGUGUCGUGGAACACUCUUCUCGCAGGCCUUGCCUCGAAUGGCUACUACAUUGACGCGAAGAACACGUUUGAUACAAUGCCGCGGAGAAACCUUCUCUCCUGGAACUCCAUGCUCGCUACUGGCGAUGGAGAGCAGCAACAGCUAGAAGAUCUGGAAGAGCUCUUCGAAAAACUUCCACAGCGAUGUAUCGUCUCGUGGACGGAGAUGGUGAGCGCUUAUGCCCAGCACGGGCACUUCCAGAGUUCGUGGAGCUUGUUCUUGGCGAUGUCCGAGCGUAGCAUCGUGUCUCUCAACUCGGCCAUGCAAGCCUUCGCCAGAGCCGGGGGCCGCGAAGAAACCGUGGCGACCAUCUUCGAGAAGAUGCCCGAGAGGAACUUGGUCUCUUUCAAUCUGAGGCUCGGUGCCACUGCAGACGGUGUCCAAGCGAUGGAGCUACUCGAUUCCAUGCCCGAGAGGAACAUCGCAUCCUGGACGUCGGUUCUAGCGGCCUUCUCCAAGAACAGUGACCACCUCCAAACUUUAGAGCCUGCCGAGCGUAUCUUCUCCAGAAUGCCGCAGUGGGAUGGCUUUUCGUGCAAUGCCAUGGCUCGUCUUUACUCGGAAGCUGACGACUUGCCCUCCACCGCGAAGAUCUUUCACACCAAUCUACGAAGGGACGCGGUUUCCUGGAACACUUUGAUCACGAGUUACGGCCGAAGAGGUGAUGUCACGAGUACCAGAGAAUUUUUCCGCCGGAUGCCUCUUCACACACUGGCUUGCUCCACGGCGAUGCUGGUGGCCAUUUCUCGAAGUGGUGACAAUAGCUCUGCUCGGGACUGGUUCGAGAGCAUGCCUUUCCACGACAUCGUUUCCUGGAACGCUAUGAUCUUCGCUGCAGCUGGAACGAAGGAAAGUUUCGUGCUGUUUAGAAGAAUGCAGCUAGAAGGAACCAGACCAACUUACGUGACUUACGCCACCAUGAUAGAUUCGUGUGCCGAAGCCGCGGCUCUCGGAGAUGGACGGGCGAUCCACGAAAGGAUACUCCAGCUCGGGUACUUUCCGGGAAUCCUUGUCAUCUGUAACGCACUGAUCAACUUCUACAGUAGGUGUGGAGCAGUCGAGGAAGCACUUGGUGUGUUCCAAAGCAUGCGGAGAAGAGACUUGAUAACUUGGAGCACCAUAGUGUCUGGAUACGCUUGGAACGGGCUCGGCGAGAGAUCGGCUCAACUCUUCCAGUGUAUGUUGCUCGAAGGCUUGGAUCCAAGCUCGGUCACUCUAGUGAACGUUCUCACUUCGUGCAGCCAUGGAGGUCUGUUGGACUUCGGAAGACGCUUGUUCGUGUUCGUGACCGCAGAAGUACCUGGAUUUCCUGUCUGCCGAGAGCACUAUGACUGCCUGGUCGAUCUUCUCGGUCGAUCUGGAAGGCUGGAGGAGGCUCUGGAGUUGAUGGAGAGCAUGCCAUUCGAGCCUACUGCGCUGGGACGAAUGAGCUUUGCUGCUUCGUGCAGGAAACAACACUUGGAAGGUGAUUUGAAUUCACUCUACGAAGACACUAACUACAUGGCUCUAAAGGGUGCCUAGAGUUGCAAGGACUGGAUUGCUACCUUUG